AUUAUUAUUAUUAUUAUUAUUAUUAUUAUUAUUAUUAUUAUCAUUAUUAUUAUUAUUAUUAUUAUUAUUAUUAUUAUUAUUAUUAUUAUUAUUAUUAUUAUUAUUAAACGGCGGUUCGCACGUGCGGUCGAUGAGCGUGUAACGCCUGCGGCAAAUGAGCGUGCAACGAGCUGAAUCCACUGGAUAUCGAAUCGAGAUUGAGGUUUAUUUAAGAAAAUAAGAAAUUCUUGAAGGAUCAUAGCAUUGGCCGAUCCACGGUUAUCGAGAAACGACUGUAAACGAUUACGAACUUUUGGCGCGAGAGCGAGCGUGAGUCUGCGUGAAUCGUGCGUGCGCGAGAAUGAAAGAGAAUGAACGCAAACCGUAUUAACGCGAAAUGACGAAUGUAAACGAACGCUUCUAAAGAAAGUGAAAUUAACAAUGUCGUUUCCCGAACCGCGAAUAAUAAAAUAUGAAUUGUUCUGUCAGUCACCUUACCUAUAUUGAAAAAGAAAAAAAAAAAAUGUCAUUAUAAUAUGCUGCCAUACGAUAUAAAUAUAUGUCUACACUAAGGAGUAUAUUACUAAAAUAUUACAAAUAAAUAUGUUGUAAGUAUGGAUCCUUUUAUCCUUAUCUGACUUUCUUUGUUACAACGAGUAAGACGUAUAUCGUAUACAAAGCUACUGACAUUUUUCUUUCAGAUUUAUCUACCGUACGACUUAUAACCGUUAUAUUUAAUGAGGAGAAAUACUUUCGUCACGCGAACAUUUGCAUCGCACUUUUCUUAACGCAUCUUUUACGGGGGAGAGAAAGAGAGAGAGAGAGAGAGAGAGAGAGAGAGAGAGAGAGAGAGAGAGAGAGAGAGCCGAAAGUUGUUCAGCCGGUUUCAAAUGAAAUUUAACAAACCUUUCGAUCCAGAUAACUCGCUAGUACGAUUGUUUAAAUUUUUUUUAAAGCGCGUACGAUCGCGAAACUGUGUGUGUGUGUGUGUGCGCGCGCGCACAUACUCAUUCGUGCGAAACAUGGCUCGACGUGGAAAAGAGAAAGUCAUACUCGUCGAAGGCUCCAUUAUUGUUUACAUUUACAGUGCACACUGCGUUACAUCACGGGGAAGAGGUCAUACUUAUUGAGGCCGCUCAUAAAGCGAAAGUUUUCCAAUGGGCGUAGUCAUUUCUCCAUGUUGUUAAUCGGUAUACCUAAUCGUCAUCGUUUUAGAUUCGUUUUCAUAUCAUCUACCUAAGACACUUAUAAAAUGGUAACUCAUUGAAAUUUUGGAUUGCGUACAAGUUUUUUACUUUGGAAAAUUAUUAUAGAAAGAAAAAAGAAAAAGAAAGAAAAAACGAGAUAACGUUAUUCUUCGUCAUAUAUUUCCAAACGACGAGUUAAAGCUAUCAUCGCACAACGAUAUAACGUUCAUAUUUCCUACUACCGUUAACUUUACGCAAACUGAUCGUUCACGGAUUAUAAGCGAACCGUUUAAGAAAAGAACGGUAUGAAGGAAGUUGCAAUUCUUUGCCUCGAGUAUAAAACAAGUUGUAUAGUUGCUCUUAAGACGCGGCAGACGGAUCGGGCUCCUGCAGGUAAAACGGGCAAGUGUCCUCAAGUGAGUACCUCCAAAGGAAAAGAGCGAAGAAGAAAACUGAUAUAAUGCGAUUUAUUGAAAAAUCGAAAAAAGCAAGGAUCGGCGAUCUAAAGUCAUUGAUACUUUUCAUUCGAGAUCUGACUAUUGUUUGCCUUAUGACGUUGUCAAUAUCUUCGAUCGAGGGAAAACGAAAUCAUGGACUACUAAACAUGUCGAAUCGUAUUAAAUUACGACGACUCGGAUACAGUCGCGAAGAAUUGAAACCAACAAUUUGUUACGAUCUAGUCGGCUGCUUCGCGGAUCCACCGGUCCAUUUGUCGUUGAAAAGACCACCCGAGCAUCCGAACGUUAUCCAAACAAAGUUCUUAUUGUAUAACAGAAGCAAUCGGGAAGAUCCGAAAGUUAUUACAUACGCAGAUCGGUCCGAGUCGUUGUUACAAUCUGGAUUAAACGUGUCGAAGCAACUGAAAGUCCUGAUACACGGCUUCAAAGGUAGCGGUAGCGAUUACGGUUUGAUUCGUGGGAUUAAUGCUCUACUCGAUCUGGAGGAUGUGAAUAUAUUGAUAUUGGAUUGGACAAGGGGGGCAGGCACCAGUUACGCGGCUGCAGUCGCUAAUACCGAAUUAGUUGGCCGACAACUUGCGCUUGUUCUUUUGGAUGCCUUUAAUUUGGGAACCGAUCCUAUGGACGUACACGUAACGGGCUUCAGUUUGGGAGCUCACGUAGGAGGAUGCGCUGCUGAAAUGUUAAAAAAAUGGGGCCUCCUACUUGCUCGUAUCACUGGCCUCGAUCCGGCCUCACCAUUUUUUCGAAGCCAUUUAUUUCGCGAAAAAUCGAGAAAACUCGAUGCUACCGACGCUCAUCUCGUUGACGUUAUUCAUACCGACGGUUCCGAAGAUUUCACGGAUGGAUUUGGUCUCCUCAAACCUAUUGGACACAUCGACAUGUUUCCUAACGGCGGUAAAGAACAACCAGGAUGUUCCGACGUUAAAAAUUCCGUCGUUGUCAGCCAUUUGAAAGAAGAACUUUUAGAUAGACAGAUUGCGUGCAGUCAUUUGAGGGCCUGGCAACUCUACGUAGAAAGUAUACUGACGCAAUCCCAAAAAUGCAAAUUCGUAGCAUGGCCAUGUCCUCAGGGAUUCGUUUCAUAUGCAAAAGGAACUUGUUUCCCUAUGGAAUCUACCGGUUGGUCUCAAGAAAUGGGAUACAGAGCAAAUCGUGGACCAUUAGGAAGUUAUUUUUUACCUACCAGAAGCGAACCACCCUUUUGCGGGGAACCCUUCAGAGUUACCAUAGCGACGGCUAAAGGUCUGCCAAGAACUAUGGGAGUAUUGCUCUUUAAAACGUAUCAGAAUAAUUCAACGACUACGUACAAGAUCAAUUGCAUAUUACCCAAACUAUACAAUCAACCAACGAUGUUUUAUAAUAUCGCGGCGAAUGAUUUUUCAUUCGCUUUACAUAAAGUACCGGUCAUAAAGGGCACGAUUAAAUAUCAUAAAAUUAUCGAAAGGGACGAAAAUGAGAAAAGAAGGCCCAAUGAUUCGGGUACUAUACUAUUGAGUAAGCUGUUCCUUGAGAACAGAAAGGGAGAUAGGUGGGAAUGUUGUAAUUUUAAUACUUCGAUUGGUGCAGAGGAGACACACGUGGAACUUCAAAGCAUACCGUGCGAUUCACCUUAAAAAAUUAUACCCUUUCGAUAUAUACAAAUAUAUAGAAAUCUGUUGUAAUAGGCAAUUUAAAUCAUACGUAUAUUGUAUAACGAUAAUAAUGCAUAAGUCAAUUGUAUAAAAAUUUAAAUUUUCCGCAAAGGAAAUUGACUUCUU